CCCCCAGGUUUCCGUAGGUGCCAGUUAAAAUUCCUGUCCUGCUUGAAGAUCAUCUGUGGAAACGUUGGCCAUGGCAUCCGUAUCAGAGUCUCUUACAUUCAGAGAGUUCUGCCCUUUGUACUAUCUCCUCAAUGCCAUUCCCACAAAGAUCCAGAAGGGGUUCCGCUCCAUAGUGGUGUACCUCACAGCCCUGGACGCCAACGGGGACUACCUUGCCGUGGGCAGUAGCAUUGGCAUGCUCUACCUGUACUGCCGGCGCUCGAGCCACAUGAAGAAGUACAACUUUGAGGGGAGAACAGAAUCCAUCACGGUGGUGAAACUGCUGAGCUGCUUUGAUGACCUGGUGGCUGCAGGCACAGCCUCUGGGAGGGUUGCAGUCUUUCAACUUGUAUCCUCGUUGCCAGGAAGAAAUAGACAGCUUCGGAGAUUUGACGUCACUGGUAUUCACAAGAAUAGCAUAACAGCUCUGGCUUGGAGCCCCAAUGGAAUGAAAUUGUUCUCUGGAGAUGACAAAGGGAAAAUUGUCUAUUCUUCUCUGGAUCUAGAUCAGGGCAUCUGUCACUCCCACCUGGUACUGGAGGAGCUGGCUUCCAUUGUGCAACUGGACUACAGCCAGAAGGUGCUGCUGGUCUCGACUUUACAGAGAAGUCUGCUUUUCUACACCGAGGAGAAGUCUGUCAAGCAAAUUGGAACACAGCCAAGGAAAAGCACUGGGAAAUUUGGUGCUUGUUUUAUACCAGGACUUUGUAAGCAAAGUGAUCUAACCUUGUACGCAUCACGGCCUGGGCUCCGGCUGUGGAAGGCUGACAUCCAUGGGACCGUUCAGGCCACAUUUAUCUUAAAAGAUGUCUUUGCUGGAGGAGUCAAGCCUUUCGAGCUUUACCCGCGCCUGGAAUCCUCUGACAGGGGAAGUUGCAGCUCACCCGAGAAACACCUGGGGCUUGUUUCAUGUUUCUUUCAAGAAGGCUGGGUGUUGAGUUGGAAUGAAUAUAGUAUUUACCUUCUAGACACCAUCAACCAGGCCACAAUUGCUGGUUUGGAAGGAUCAGGUGAUAUCGUGUCUGUUUCCUGCACAGAAAAUGAAAUAUUUUUCUUAAAGGGAGACAGGAACAUUAUAAGAAUUUCAAGCAGGCCUGAAGGACUAGCAUCAAUAGUGCGGGACGGUCUGGAGACGUCAGGAUGCCCAGAGCAAGUCCAUGGGCAGCAUGCAGAGAAGCCGCCGGGGGCCACGCCUUCCGAGACGAGGCUCAGAGGCUCUUCCGUGGCCAGCGAGCCCAGAAGCAGGAGCAGCUCGCUCAACUCCACCGACAGCAGCUCCGGGCCGCAGGCGGCUCCCGAGCUGGGCAGGAGCGGCCAGCUCACCUCGAAGAGGUUCAGUGUGAUCAGCUCAGAGGACUUCGACCAAGAGCUCAUUGUGAAGCCUCUCAAAGUGAAAAAGAAGAAGAGGAGGAAGAAGACAGAAGGUGGAAGCGGGACUACCUGCCCCAGUUCCCUUGAAUCGACUCCCUGCUGGGAGUGUCCUGGUGAUAGCCCCCAGUCCUUGAACACAGACCUGCUGUCCACGACCUCGAGUUUGGGCAGCAUCGUGGAUCAGUCCAGCACAGGGUCUCCUGACCAGGACUGCGGUCUCAGUGGUGCGGCCAACAGUGUCCUGCCAGAAUGUAGCGACCCCGAAACGUUUAGUGUCUUGGAGGUGCCCUUCCCCGCCCCUGACUCACUGACUGAAGAAGGUGACGGAAGAACCGAAAUCCCACUACGUGCCGGCGCAGGCGAGACGCAGCUGCCUGGCAGGGUGGUGAGUUCACCCUGGCAUCCGAGGGAGGACGCGGAAGGGAGUGAUGACAUCGCGGAGCUCGAAGAGGAGCCCUGUCCCAUGAGCGGUGGGCCAAGGAGCACACAGUCACCCUGCCGAGGGCGGGGCAGCUCAGCGGAGGCCCGGGAGGUGGGGGGCAUGGAGCCUGCUGAGCCCCAGAGCACUUUUCCGGAGGCCCCCCUCCAGGGCUCCCCCCCGGUGCCUUCCAGCCUCAGCUGGACUCCCAGUGCUGAGCGGUGGCUUCCAGGGACCAGAGCUGAGGAGCCCAGUGAAGAGCAGGGCUUCCGGAGGCACCUGGGGGCCCCAGGCCACCUCGGCUCGAGUACCCGGCACGCUGCUGCUGACGAUGACACAGGCCAGAAAGCAAUGGCUGCUUCCGAAUGUGACUUGGGGAGUGCAGGAGGACGACGGCCUCGCUGGGUCUCUGCCUCGGUGGCCAGCGCCCGCGAGCAGCCCUCACGGGACCAUGCGUUGACGUCCAGUGACGAGGAGGACAUCUAUGCCCACGGGCUGCCCUCUUCAUCCUCGGAGACAAGCGUGACCGAGCUGGCAGGGAGCCGCUCCCUGCAGGACCUGCACCCGCCGGGCACAGACGAGCCCGGGCUGCUGAAGUCAGAGGAGUUUGCAGAAAGCUGGAUGGGUUACUCCGGGCCGGGCUACAGCAUUCUCAGCUUGGCGGUCUCCGAGAAGUACAUUUGGUGCCUGGACUACAAAGGCGGCCUGUUCUGCAGCGCGUUGCCGGGCGCUGGGCUGCGCUGGCAGAAGUUUGAAGAUGCCGUCCAGCAGGUGGCAGUCUCGCCCUCAGGAGCCCUUCUCUGGAAGAUUGAACAGAAAUCUAACCGAGCCUUUGCUUGUGGAAAAGUGACCAUCAAGGGGAAGCGUCACUGGUACGAAGCUCUGCCCCAGGCGGUGUUUGUGGCCCUGAGCGAUGACACGGCCUGGAUCAUCAGGACAAAUGGGGACCUGUACCUACAGACAGGUCUCAGCGUGGAUCGCCCCUGUGCCAGGGCCGCAAAGGUUGACUGUCCAUACCCACUGUCCCAGGUCGCAGCCCGAAACAGCGUGGUGUGGGCACUGACGGAGCAGAGGGUCCUCCUGUACCGGGAGGGUGUAAGCAGCUUCUGUCCCGAAGGGGAGCGCUGGAAAUGUGACAUCGUCAGUGAAAGGCAGGCUUUGGAACCUGUCUGUAUCACUCUCGGGGACCAACAGACCCUGUGGGCCCUGGACAUCCGAGGACACCUGUGGUUCAGAACAGGCGUCGUUUCCAAGAAGCCCCAAGGGGAUGACGACCACUGGUGGCAAGCGAGCAUCACAGACUACGUGGUGUUUGACCAGUGCAGCUUGUUCCAGACCAUAAUCCAUGCCACACACUCGGUGGCCACAGCGGCCCAGGUGCCUGUUGAGAAGGUGGCGGAUAAACUGCGCAUGGCGUUGUGGUCUCAGCAGCUCCAGUGCCAGCCGAGCAUUCUAGGGGUCAACAGCAGCGGCGUCUGGAUCUCCUCGGGCAAGGAUGAAAUCCACGUCUCUAGAGGAAGUCUCAUCGGCACUUACUGGAAUAAUGUUGUUCCCCGGGGGACAGCUUCUGCCACAAAGUGGGCCUUUGUGUUGGCUUCCACUGCUCCCACAAAGGAAGGAAGCUCCCUGUGGCUCUGCCAGAGCAGCAAGGACCUGUGCCGCGUCAGCGCCCAGCACGCCCAGUCACGCCCGUCCACCGUGCAGCUGCCCCCCGACGCCGAGAUGAGGGCCUACGCCGCCUGCCAAGACGCCCUGUGGGCCCUGGAUAGCCUCGGCCAGGUGUUUAUCCGGACGCUGUCCGCGAGCUGCCCCACGGGCAUGCACUGGACGAGGCUGGACCUCUCGCAGCUAGGAGCUGUAAAACUGAUGAGCCUGGCAUGUGGAAAUCAGCAUGUCUGGGCUUGUGAUUCCAGGGGUGGAGUUUACUUCCGCGUGGGUACCCAGCCUCUGAAUCCCAGUCUGAUGCUUCCAGCCUGGAUAAUGAUUGAACCGCCUGUCCAGCCCGCCGGGGUCGCCCUGGUCAGCGUCCACUCCAGCCCCAGCGACCAGAUGCUGUGGGCCCUGGACAGCAGGUGGAACGUGCACGUCCGAGUUGGGAUCACCGAGGAGAUGCCGGUGGGGACCGACUGGGAGCACGUGCCAGGGUUGCAGGCCUGCCAGCUGGCCCUGAGCGCCAGGACCGUGUGGGCCCGCUGCCCCAACGGGGAUCUCGCCCGACGGUACGGCGUCACCGACAGAAACCCUGCCGGCGACUACUGGAAGAAGAUUCCCGGGCACGUGACGUGUUUCACAGUGACCUUGUCAGACGAGCUGUGGGCAGUGGGCCCCGCCGGCUCCCUCCUGCAGCGGCUGACUAGGACUUUCAGCCACUCCCACGGCGCCCCGAGCAGCCAGGCCACCGCCCCCCACCCCGAGGACCUGGACGACGAGUGGGAGGUCAUCUGA